UGUGCGAUUAUACACAUGUUUGUAUUAAAAUUUUAACAAAGUGUAACAAUUCAAGGUUAAAUCAUGAGUUUAUAUCUUUUAUGGUAUAUCCCUUUGGUCAUUUUACAGAUGUGGAUGUUUCAAAACGUAAAUUGUGAAAUUCGACAUCCUACUUUUGGGUAUCACUUUGAUAAAAGUCUGAAUAUUCGGUCGAAAAAGGAAACAUCAGGUUAUCUACAGGCUAACAGUAUACAGACAGAACGAAUGGCAACGAACAAGUUGUUUUCUAAAGACGUGACAGCAGAUAUUGUGAAAGCUAACAAAGUAAAGUCAGUCAUAAUUUCACUUGGCAAAGCUUUCUCGUUCCAAAAAGGUCGACGAAAGGGAGAUAAUCGAGAUACAUUCAUUUUAAACAGAGAUGGAGUAGAUUCAACAGACGCUUCCGUUACAAUUUUCCUGAAGCGAGACAAUAAUGAGUCUGUAAGCAUAAAUGGGUAUAGCUCGGAUAAAACAAAGCAGAAACAAUAUUCCAGUCGUAAGAUUCCGUUUGUCAGAAAACUAAUGAAUAAAGCUGAAUAUUUCUCUAAUCCUGUCUCAAUACAGAACCCAAUGUACAAUACCAAGACAAAACCAACAAUGGGUUCUCCAUUGCAGCAUAUAUAUUCGCAAAAACACCAAUCAAGUAAACUUAAUCGAAAGGCAAGGCAAAUACCACCGACAUCAAGCCGACCUAUUGGUUCAUCUUCUGAACAAAUUGAAAAGGUUUCGACACUUCAAACGAAUAACAAUAUGAAGCAAAACUGGAGAAAAAAGAAUUUUAUGUUCGCGAACCAUCAAGAGUCACAGAACUCAGCAGUGCAGGGAAUCGCAGGUAACAUUUAUGGUAAUAGCAUAUCAACAUUUGUUCGCAAUCCUUUUCAAAAUAAAGGUCUAGUGCAACAUCAGCUAUUCAAAGUAGAAUCGACACCUAUACCAACUCGUCGAUUCCUGAGAGCUCAUAAACAAACAGAAGAAUUUUAUGAUUCAGAUGUUAGUUUCAGCUCUGAAACAGAUGAUAUCCCGAAUGCGGGAAAUACAGUUACAACACAUAAUGAGUUUUCCAUACAAGAGACAGCAAAAAUAGUAAAAGGGAAAGAUACGAAUGUUUCUGUUGGUAAGUCUUUUCCGAUACUGGACGCAAAUUGGUAUACAGACAACAGCGAAAUGCAUAUUUCAAACCGAAAUGGAGCAAUCCCUACGACUACAUCCGUUUCAAGGGCUUUGAUAGGGCGUAAUGAUAAAUACUCUAACAUCAUAAAUUAUAAUACCGCAGGUAAUAUGAAUUUAUGGAAUCGUGAGAACGUAUUUGUCAGAAAACGUUUAUCAAGUCAAACUAAUAUGAAUAACUACGACAAAACUUACAUUGUAAGACCAAUGUUAGAUACUUUGUCGCAAACAAAAAUUAUAAAUGAAAUAAAGAGAAUUAAAAGGUUACACCAGAAUGGUUUACACAAGUAUAAAGUUAAACAACAUGUCAUUCAGCAAGAUAGUUCGCAAGAAGAUGAUAGUUUCGACUGGGAAAGUGAUGAAGAGUAUAGUUUUCCUUCAAAAACUUUCAAACAAGCCAAGCGCAGGAAUUAUUAUGAUUCAAUUUAUGGCAAGUUUUCAACCAGCGAGGAAAAUGUUAUACAAAAAGAAUCGAAAAGGGGUUUCAAACAGACGGCGGGAUUAACAAGCAACAAUGUUAAUGACAAAAGAAAGUUAUACAUAGCAAAUAAACAUUCAUUUAUUCGAAAAAAAGAUGACCUUUUCUUCAUUUGAGACGACUCAUGUGUAUAUGAUUAUAACGGAUAAUAAACAUUACAUCUAUUUUAGUUGAGAUGACAUAAUGUAAAAACAUAAUCUAGGUAUAAGAACCGCAGAAUAUUAUAUAAAUUACCAAUUCCUAAAUUUGAAAGGAACAGUAUGCUCUAAAUGAUUGAGAUGAUCUCUAUAAGCAGUAGUAAAGAAAUCAUGUCAAAAUUAUAAAAAAGAUACAUCCAUAAAGGAAAGUUCAUGUUUCAAGGGAAAGUAAACGCAAUCCCUUUCAGAGUGAUUUUUUUUCGUAUGCUGUUCUACUACCUAAAAAUAGAAAAAAGUUAUAGGAAAUGACUUUUAGGUUUAGGGUGGGGGGGAUUGGCGCCUUCAAACUUGUUUAAUCCCACCACUUUCUUAUGUGCCUGUCUUAAGUCAGUAGCCUGUAAUUCAGUGGUGGUCUUUUGUUGCUGUAUAUCAUAUUUGUUUUUAGUUCAUUAUUUUGUACAUUAAUCAGGCCGUUAGUUUUCUCGUUUGAAUUGUUUUACAUUUGUCAUUUCGGGACCUUUUAUAGCUGGGUUUUGCUCACUGUUGAAGGUUGUACGGUGACCCAUAGUUGGUAACUUCUAUGUCAUUUGGUCUCUGGUUAAGAGUUGUCUCAUCGGCAAUUGUACCACUUCUUCUUAUUUUUAUAUUUGACUGCUAUAACAAGAUUGUAUGAUUAACAUUUUCGUAGUAAGAGCUCAAAUUAGUAAACGAUGAUAAUGAUUGGUUCAGGUGGAACGGUAGUAUUUUCCUUCCGGGAACUAUCUGAACACUAUGAUUGGACAAAAAAUACAGCAUCUACUAUAUACAUAUUUUCCCUAACUGAGGAUUGAAUCAUACAGGUGAAAAUAGUUUUUGAGAAUUUUUUUGAUUUUGUUUUCACUGCAUGAUUAAAAGUCUGAAAGUCCUAGUGGCCUUAGGCUUAUAAAUAUAACAGAAAAAGUAAACGGUCGUCAAACAUAUUCACAUUUAUUUCUGAGUAUUGUAAUUAAAUUACUUCAGGUUAACUGUGUAUGUAGGUUCUUGGUCAGUGUUAGAAAGGGGUGAAAAUUCUAAAAAGGCUAUGAUAUUACCGUUCCACCUUCAUGCACCAACAUCAGUCUUUCGGAUUAUACAGUUUUGAUAUGAAAACAAAGUAGAGCAAAUAAUGAUGAUUGAAACGUUACAAAUGUGCACUAAUGUAUUUAUAAGUUUUUUGUUUUGUUUAUUAUGAUUUCUAACUUCUAGACACGAUGUUUUUCACUCUGCCUACCUUUCCAACAUUUUUGUAAGAGUAGACAUUUUUUUCAGUUCAGUUUCCAUGUAUGUAUGUACCGUUAUUACCAAACUUAUAUGUUAAAAUAAAGACGUUUCAAACUAUA